AUGGCGCACCUAGAGCUUUUUCUCUUCACAUGGGGUCUCUACCCUCGCCGUAUACUCAUCUACCUUCACGAAAAGGGGCUCUUCAACUCCCCACACAUUAAAGUCACACAGGUGACCAUAUCUGCUACUGCUGAAAUGAUAGCACCAGGAAAACCCAAGGGUACCGUGCCUAUUCUAGUCUUGCCAGAUGGAACUUUCAUCAAGCAAUCAGUGGCGAUUCUAGAUUACCUCGAAGACAUAUGCGACAAGCCUGAGGAAGCCUGGCAACAGGAUAUCGCAUCCGCUGCGAAGACCUCCAUGCGAGGGAGCAAUGCGCGUGGUAGAGCGACGAUAAGAGAGAUUCUUGCGUUGGUAGACGAAGCUACAUCUAUGUUUGGGUUUGCUUGUCAUAAAGGCAGCAAGCUCUUCCUAGAGAUAGAGCCUACAAACUCAGCUGCAUCGAGCAUGGCUAUGGGUAUCGUAAGGAGGAAUAUGAAACUUCUUGAGCCUUACUACGAGGGUCGAUUUGAAGGAGAUAGUUCCGAAGCCGAGAAAGUUACUAUAGCAGACUGUGUCUUUUUCUCGUUUUUGCAGUUCUCAAGGGAACUAUAUGGGGUCGAUCUGGUAGCGGAUUCGGAGUUGAGAAAUCUGAGGAGGUUCUAUGUUACAUUUAAAGAGAGGGAAAGCGCUAAGAUCCCCGAGGACUUUUACCCUCUGUAUAUCAAGGAGCUUGCUCCUAUCUGGCUGGAGUGA